GCCUACUUGAACUGUUUUGCUUGUUACGGUUUCAAAUCACACUACUCGGUCCUAGUUUCGCUAUCAUGAUUGUGUGCAUUUGAAACUCACAUGGUUACUAAUUGUUGUUCAUUACUAUCCUUAAUAAAAAUAAUCACACUUUGUGUGCUUGAUUGCUCAUUGACUUACCUCUUUCGUUUUUCUCUUUUCCAGUUCCCCAACUCAAGCUGCUGUGCAUGCUCCCUCCAUUCACAAAGCACCUUCUGUCUUGACGCUAAACGUUAAAUACUUUUGGACGGUGGCCGGAAUCAGUCCGUGGUUGCCAAUCUAAUCAAAUUUAUUCUACUCAUAUGGUUAUACUCAAUGGGAACAGCAGACCCGUAAACCAACUGCCCCGUAUUUCUUUGCGAACCAAUGUUCUAAAUACUCGUGCUCACUUAUUUGAAGUAUUCUUCCGACGAGUAGCACUUGGUUAUAUUCGUGUGUUUCCUUUGACUGCGCGUCGCAUCAUUGAAUUCGGGUUUCUGGUACAGGCUGUUUUUGUACUGGUUGUAUUCAUACAUCUUCACAUUACAUUCGUAAAAUCUCCAGUAACAUGCUUAGAUAGUGUGCGUAAUGAAUUCAAAAGCAUGGAGUCUGAUUCAGAUAUGUCUUUAACUUCUGGAACAACGAAUGGCAAUUAUUUAUCAAAAAGUAAUGAAUCGAAUUCUUCGUUACAACGUUCAUGGCCUAGCUAUGGUGUUUUACGUAUCGAAGUCAUCCGUUCUCCCUACCCAUUCUAUUCUCUUGAAGACUCAUAUGCAAAGGAGUUUUAUGGUACUGAAACUGAUUAUCGUUUUGAUGACAAAGAUGAACACACACCUCCGGCUAACGAGUUAGAUAAACAUAUUGCUUAUGUUCCAAAAACUUCAAAGUAUUCAGUAGCUCAUUUUACUGAAACUUUCAUCCCCGAAAAUCAGGAUUUCUGGCAUUCAUUUUUAUCUUUUCCGUUCAUUGUGUAUGGUUACAUCAAAGAAGAUUUCAAUCACUUUUCAAACUACUUAUAUGCUAGAAAUAGAAAAAGGACAUUCUCUUUUGAGGAAAAUGAGAAUCAUAUGUCCCCAUAUAAUGCACUUGUAAUCACCAGGAAUAAACUCAGUCAGUUGUUGCCUGCAAUGAACCGUGUAUUGAUUGACAUAUUUACUGGUGUCAUUGAUUUCAUUUGCGACAUUCCCAUUCGUAUAUAUACCUCGUCAGGUCCCGCACUAAACACAAAUGACAGCUAUAUAAUUGAAUAUGCCCUGGAGUAUGGCCUUCUUCGUCUUUCACCGCGCGCCCGUAACAGGCUUAACAUAACUGUAAAGUUAAUUGUUCUUGACCCAGAAACAAACCCUUGCUUUGGUAGUAAACUCAGUCGUUUUCUCAUGGAAGAGUUCCUUGGUUAUGAAGAUCUUCUGAUCGGUAGUGUGAAGUAUUUGUCUGCUAGCGAAGGACUAAAGGGUUAUAUGGUAAAUGUAAUGAGCGGACAACAUUAUAAGCUCGUUAUUUCGCAGAUGUCUAGGUCGUCCUACUUUGUUGCUGCUUUGAUCAUGUUAAUAUUUACGUUUUGUAUAUCCAUUCUCUUACGAUAUUCAAGUCAGCAGCUUGUGGUUGUAAUAGCGGAUAUUCUCCAAAUGUUUGAAACGAAUACCUCGUUUGGGAUUCCAGUUGCUCCUUUUAUGACAGUUAUUCUAGCACUUGUUGCCAUGGAAACUAUCAUGUCUGAAUUUUUUGGCGAUUCAAUCACUGCGUUUUAUGUUAUUCUUAUCAUAAGCGUUUGUGAUCACUAUGAAGCUGUAUUUUGUCGGACUGAAUUGAGCAAAAAGUAUUGGCCAAGAUAUUUCUACUUGUAUCAUUUUGGAUUUUAUGCCUACCAUUAUCGUUUCAAUGGGCAGUUCAGUGGUGUUGCUCUUUGGGUUUCCUGGCUGUUCAUAUUGCAUUCAAUGAUUUAUUUCUUCCAUCAUUAUGAAUUACCUAACCUGCUUAGUGACUGGGAGUUCCGUGAAUUUAUUUCUAAUAACCACUUGGUAGGUCAGAUUCAGCUACAAGUUUCCACAUCAUCUACACCUGUUCAGAAUAGUCAGAAUGCUUCGAAUCUAAACCAUUCUCUCAACUCUCACGAAGAAACUGAGUCUUUAGGUGAAUUAACAACUUCCAUUGAUGAUUCAGACAAUCUCGAGUCAGAUGCAGUAUCUAAUAAUAUUGUCACAGUUACAAGUAUAGUUACUAAUUUUGGUGAGAUUUCUAGUGAAUUUGAAGCUGAUUACAAUCGUUUACUUUCCGACAAUAAUACAUUAGCUGAUUCUCCUACAAAUUCUACCGAUUUGAAUUUCGUAGAAUUAUAAUUUUUGUUCUAAUAACACUUGUACUUUUGCUAUUGUGUACUGCUUUAAUGUAAUAUUUCAUUCUACCGAUUUUUCAUAUUAGUGUUAUAGGGUCGCGGUUUUUUUCCUCGGAUUUGCAAACAUCUGCAUAAAUAGAGUCAUCCGUUCUGAGCCUGGAUUUUUUCAUGUAUGGAUUAUGAGUGUACCCAGUUAUUUAACCGCUGAUGAUAGUAGGUGUGAUCAUAUUUUGUAAGUGUGAAUUAUUCCUGAUUGCUUUUUAAGAA